AUGGGGACGUUAUUAAGUUCGAACAAGGAUUAUAAUCGUGUGCUUGAAAAACAACCACGAAAAUCUAUUGGCCUAGCGAAAUUUGACGUGCAAGAUAGGUUACAACAACAUCCUCUUGUUGGUACACUUUCGAUUCCUGAUCCUGUGCGUUUUUCUCAAUUGAAAAAACAAAGUCCUGACUCUUCUAACGAACAACCACGUUCUCCAUUGAACCAGACACUAAUACAGUCUUUUCAACCUAAAAAUCUUACUCCUGUUACUGAUAAUCAAAUACAACAAGAGCAAUAUCAACCAGAAAAACAAUUAAUUAUUCGAAAACCUUCAUAUUAUUUUCAACUGAAUUUUCCAAUGUAUAAUGAACCAAUCAAUAAUGAUGCUAUUGUAAUAGCUCGUUCUGUUAUUGAUUUUAAUAAUCAACGACGAUUCAAUAAUAAUCAAUUAUCAUCAUUUCAACCUAAUGGUACAAUAAUUGAACAUAAUGGAAAACAAUAUCUAACAGAUUUAAGAGAACGUAUAGAACAACGUUGUGUAGAAAUUUUUGAUGAAAAUACAGGUCGAAUAAGACUAUUUGAAGUUACAGAUUAUAUACCAACUAGAAUAAUACAAACAAUAAGAAGUACACCUCAAUCUCAAUUACAAAGAAGAACUCCUCUCAAUGGUUUACCUCCACGUUUUCCUUUAAAUCAAAGUUCUAGACGUUUGCCUAUAUCAAGUGAUCGAAAAGCAGCAGUAACAUCAUCAAAUCUUGCUGAUAUCAAGGAUUUAAAUAAUCGUGAAACUCUCGCACGUGAAUUUGAUCUAUACCAAAGUGGUGCUAGAUUACCAAUCAAUAAUGAUAACGCAUCUCCUCAAAUUUCAUCUAAACGACAAGCAACAAAUCAUAGUUCAAGAGAUUUAAGUUCUCCUCAUCCAGUACAUUCUCAAUCUAAUGCACCGAAUUCUUUACCAUCAACUUCAAAAAAUGUACCUGAUAAAAAUUUAUCUAAACCAUAUCAUUCACAAGUACCAUCAACCCGUCUACAUAGUCCAACUGCUUCUAAUAAUAGUACACACUCAUCUGAGACUAAAUCUACUACUUCAAGUGAUGAUUCAGACAGUGAAACUACUAAUCAAACAUCACCAUCAUAUAAUAGAACUGGUGGAAAUAAUCGAAAUAAUAUAAGAAAUUCUCGUGGAACAACUAGUGGAUAUAAUUCAUCAACACAAUUUGAUCCAUUUGCAAAAAGAGUCAAUACACGUGAUCAUCAUUAUAUAAAACGAUCCGGUGUUAAUAAUUAUUCAGAACCGACGAUAAAUAAUCGAAUGUUGCAAAAACCUGCUGUUUAUGAUUAUGCACCUAUCCCAGCAGCUUAUAAACAAUCAAAUCGAAAUCAAUAUAUUCGUAGGGGACACUCGGAUUUCUAUGAUGGUUGA